AGUCAGGACGCUCGCGGCCGCCUGAGAGUGCGCGCAUCUCGGCGUCGAGCAUCCGCAGUGACGCGUGGCUCCCGAGCUGCCGCCGACAUGGACCCGGAAGCGGUGGAAGCAUAGCGGCGUGCUCUCCGGCAUUUACACCGAGAGAGAGAGAGAGCGAAAGGGGGGUUCAUGUUCUAUUUUUUUUUAUGAAACAUUGGAAGCAUUUUCUUGUUAAUAAGUGGACAUUUGAGUGUGUUUGUCCUUCGUCGUCAUGGCGAGUGAGUCUCCUGCUCGCAGUCUGGAUGAAAUCGACCUGUCUGCUUUGAGGGAUCCUGCUGGCAUCUUUGAGCUGGUGGAGCUGGUGGGGAAUGGCACCUACGGCCAAGUGUACAAGGGUCGCCAUGUUAAGACGGGGCAACUGGCAGCCAUCAAGGUCAUGGAUGUCACUGGGGAUGAAGAAGAGGAGAUUAAAGCGGAAAUCAACAUGCUGAAGAAGUACAGCCAUCACCGCAACAUCGCCACCUACUACGGAGCGUUCAUCAAGAAGAAUCCUCCUGGAAUGGAUGACCAGCUCUGGUUGGUGAUGGAGUUCUGCGGUGCAGGUUCUGUCACAGACCUGAUCAAGAACACCAAGGGCAACUCUCUAAAAGAAGAAUGGACCGCUUACAUCUGCCGAGAGAUCCUCAGGGGCCUGACUCACCUCCAUCAGCACAAAGUGAUCCAUCGAGACAUCAAAGGCCAGAACGUCCUGCUGACGGAGAACGCCGAGGUCAAACUAGUGGACUUUGGUGUGUCCGCCCAGCUGGACCGGACAGUGGGAAGGCGGAACACCUUCAUCGGGACGCCGUACUGGAUGGCGCCCGAGGUGAUCGCCUGCGACGAGAACCCUGAGGCCACAUACGACUUCAAGAGCGACCUGUGGUCCCUGGGAAUCACCGCCAUUGAGAUGGCGGAAGGAGCGCCACCGCUGUGUGACAUGCACCCCAUGAGGGCCCUCUUCCUCAUCCCUCGGAACCCUGCACCAAGACUCAAGUCCAAGAAAUGGUCCAAGAAGUUCCAGCUGUUCAUAGAAAGCUGCCUGGUGAAAAGUCACGGUCAGAGGCCGAGCACGGAGCAGCUGCUCAAGCAUCCUUUCAUCCGAGAGCUGGCCAACGAGAGGCAGGUGCGCAUCCAGCUCAAGGACCACAUCGACCGCACCAAGAAGAAGCGAGGAGAGCGAGACGAGACGGAGUACGAGUACAGCGGCAGCGAGGAAGAGGACGACGAACGAGACACGGGCGAGCCGAGCUCCAUCAUCAACAUCCCCGGGGAGUCGACCCUGCGCCGGGACUUCCUGCGCCUCCAGCUGGCCAAUAAGGAGCGGACGGAGGCGCAGCGGCGGCAGCAGCUGGAGCAGCAGCAGAACGAGGAGCACAAGCGCCUCCUGCUGGCCGAGAGACAGAAGCGCAUCGAGGAGCAGAAGGAGCAGCGGCGGCGGCUGGAGGAACAGCAGCAGCGUGAGCGCGAGCUGAGGAGACGUUACGAGGAAAUGGAGCAGCUCCGCCGAGAGGAGGAGAGAAGACAUGCUGAGAGAGAGCAGGAGUUUAUCCGUAGGCAGCUGGAAGAGGAGCAGAGACAGUUAGAGAUCCUCCAGCAGCAACUUCUCCAGGAGCAGGCCUUACUGCUGGAGUACAAGCGUAAGCAGGUGGAGGAGCAGCGGCAGGCCGAGCGACUGCAGAGGCAGCUCCACCAGGAGAGAGCCUACCUGGUGUCCCUGCAGCAGCAGCAGGAGGGCAGGCAGGCGGAGAAGAAACAACUUUAUCACUACAAGGAAGUCAUCAAUCCCGCCGACAAACCAGCCUGGGCUAAAGAGGUAGAGGAGAGGUCUAAGCUGAACAGACAGAGUUCUCCAGCACUGCAGCCCAAAUCUUCCAUUUGCAUCUCUGACCCUUCCCUCCCUCCCCGCUCCGAGUCCUUCAGCAGUGGGGGCAUGCAGCCCGCCCGAGCCCCGCCUGUCCACCGUCCCACUGAACCACAGAUGGCCCACUUGAUCCCCGUCAAGACCCAAGUCGGCCCCAUGUCCGGCUCACAGUCUCUGCAGGACCAAACGGCUUCCAACCAGAACGAGGGCGGGGGCUCGCCCAGGCCCGAUAUUCCCCGGCAAAACUCCGACCCGACGUCCGACGCACAAACAUCGCCGCUGGGCGUCGCCGGGAGGGAGGGGCGUGGCGGUCCAGAGAGGGACAGGGAGCGGGACAGAACGGCCUGGCUGAGAGAAGAAGACCUCCCGCCCAAAGUCCGAGAAGCGCAGUCGAUCCCACAAAGGAACAGUUCUGUCUCCCCAGCCAUGGUCAGGAAGAACUCCUCGAAUGGAGGAGUCGGUCCAGGUCCUCGCUCAGGAUCUCACUUCAUACGAGCAAGUAACCCAGACCUGCGACACUCCGAGCUCUCUCUGGACGCCGUGAUGCAAAGAACUUCCUCCAACUCGUCUUCUUCCUCCUCCCCAUCAUCCCAGGGAGGCUCGGUCGAGAGGAGAGGUCCCAACAGACUAGAAGGUUCCUCCUUGGGAGCCAAUCAGGAGGCAAAGUCCAAACAGGAGGAGAGUCGUGAAUCAACCAGACCUAGUCGACCUCCGGACCUCAGCGCUCUGGCCAAGGAACUAAGAGAACUGAGGGUGGAGGAGGGGAGUCGUCCUCCAGUCAAGGUGACGGACUACUCGUCGUCCAGCGAGGAGUCAGAGAGCAGCGACGAGGACGGCGAGACGGUGGGACAGGACGGCACCGUUGCCGUUAGCGACAUCCCCCGCAUCAUGCCGGCUGAGUCUCACAGGGGCCCGGCGGACGACUUCCUGGGGGACGCCCACGCCAACUCCAAGGACGGCACCCUGGUGGUGAGAGAGGCCCACCAGAAGAGGAGGAGAGGCGGCCACGCCGAGAGCAACGGUUUCGCCAGUCACGGUAACCAUGGCAACCUGCCUGACCUGCUGCAACAGAGCAACUCCCCCCCCGCCGCCGCGCCCUCGGCCUUGCAGGAGCUGGGUGACAUGCCACAGUUUGGUUUAGGCGGCUCCAAAGCAUCCUUCACCCCGUUUGUGGACCCCCGUGUCUACCAAACGUCCCCCGGCGAUGAAAAUGAGAACUCAGCCGCAGCCAUGUUUGCCAACGAGCUCCUGAGGCAGGAACAGGCUCGGCUAAACGAAGCCAGGAAGAUCUCGGUGGUCAACGUCAACCCCACCAACAUCCGGCCGCACAGCGACACGCCCGAGAUACGGAAGUACAAGAAGCGGUUCAACUCCGAGAUCCUCUGCGCCGCUCUCUGGGGCGUCAACCUGCUGGUGGGCACGGAGAACGGUCUCAUGCUGCUGGACCGGAGCGGCCAAGGCAAAGUUUACAACCUGAUCACCAGGCGUCGCUUCCUGCAGAUGGACGUGCUGGAGGGCCUCAACGUGCUGGUCACCAUUUCUGGCAAGAAGAACAAGCUGCGUGUUUACUAUUUGUCUUGGCUGAGGAACAGAAUCCUCCACAACGACCCAGAAGUGGAGAAGAAGCAGGGCUGGAUCACAGUGGGGGAACUGGAGGGUUGUGUUCAUUACAAAGUUGUCAAGUAUGAGAGGAUCAAGUUCCUGGUGAUUGCUCUAAAGAACUCCGUGGAAAUCUACGCCUGGGCGCCCAAACCCUACCACAAAUUUAUGGCCUUCAAGUCCUUUGCCGAGCUGCAGCAUCGGCCCCAGCUGGUCGAUCUGACCGUGGAGGAAGGCCAGAGGCUGAAAGUCAUCUACGGCUCCAGCGUGGGCUUCCAUGUCGUCGACGUGGACUCGGGCAACCCCUACGACAUCUACAUCCCGUCGCACUGCGCCAACGACACCAAGAUCCAGAGCCAGGUGACGCCGCACGCCAUUGUGGUGCUGCCCAAAACGGACGGCAUGGAGAUGCUGCUGUGCUACGAGGACGAGGGCGUCUACGUCAACACCUACGGACGCAUCACCAAGGAUGUGGUGCUGCAGUGGGGAGAGAUGCCCACCUCAGUUGCCUACAUCCACUCCAAUCAAAUCAUGGGCUGGGGAGAGAAAGCCAUCGAGAUCCGCUCCGUGGAGACGGGUCACCUGGACGGCGUCUUCAUGCACAAGAGGGCUCAGAGGCUCAAGUUCCUGUGUGAGCGCAACGACAAGGUCUUCUUUGCGUCGGUGCGAUCAGGAGGCAGCAGCCAAGUCUUCUUCAUGACCCUGAACCGGAGCUCCAUGAUGAACUGGUGAUGGCUCCGCCCCCCUGUCGUCCUCUCGCCACCCUGGGCGGCGAAUCACGUGAAGCUUGAAAAAGGGGAAGGGGGGCGGGGUUUAUGAACGUUUGACACAAAACGCUCAUUUGGGGUCCGCCUUCUUCCCCCUUUUUCACCCUUCUUGACAUUCUUCCUCCUUCGCCGCUCCUCUUCCUCCUCCCGAGCGGCGUAUGCAACCACACAACUUUUUAAGAAGAUGUCGCCCUUCUCCUCUUUCCUCCCUCAAGAACUCUAAAGGUGCUGCGUUUAUCUUCUUGUCGCCCCGCCCCUAUGGCCAACUACUGUACAGCACCUGUCCGAGGGUCCUCCGGCGUCCUCGUACGUCCCAUCAAGACACGCACAAAAUAUUUCCAGCACGCAUGGCGUCUUUUACGUUUUUUGACAUCCAUCCCAACGCUUGUUAUUUUGCGUUCAGUUGUUGUGUUUUUAAUUGUCCGGGCCAGGGGUGUCCAAAGUGUGGCCCGGGGGCCAUUAACCUACCCAGUGGUCCAGUGUCCGGCCUGAGACUAUAAAAAUUGGUACCCAUUACCCUCCCUGCUUGGAAUUGGGGGUUAAAUCACCAAAAACGAUUAGCGGGCGCGGCCCUUGUUGCUGCUCACUGCUCCCCUCACCUCCCAGGGGGUGAACAAGGGUGGUGGGUCAAAUGCAGAGAAUAAUUUCGCCACAUCUAGUAUGUGUCGGUGUGUGACAAGUAUUGGUACUUUUUAAAAACAUCCAUCCAUUCAUUUUUCCUACCGCUUGUCCCUUUUAGGGUGUAGCUGGAGCCUAUCUCAAAAAACAUGAUUCUAAAAAUAUUUAUAAAAAAAGUGGAAUGUGGAAGUCGCCUCUCAGCACAAGAGCCCAGCGUGCAGGUUCAACAAAGUCUGUAAUGAGUAUAUUUUCUUUCCGACGACAGUUUUCUCACUUAGAUCGUGACUUUUCAGCCAACCUCCUCAUCCUCCUUCCUCCUCCUGCUGCCGGCCGCUUACUGUUAAAGACAGCAGGUGAUUAGAUCACCUGUGAAAUCUAAUCCCCUGCCAGCUGUGUCUCGCCGUCAGCACACGCCCGAUGGUGCCCCAAAAAAUAAUAAUGAAUCAUAAUCGAUUGACCUAAUCAGUGUUCCAAUUUCUUCACACCAAAUAUUCCGCUUUGAUUUUAAAUUUUUGGCAUAAAAAUGUUUUUUCUUAAACAAGACAUACAACUUCCAUCCAUCCAUCCAUCAUCUUCCGCUUAUCCGAGGUCGGGUCGCGGGGGUAGCAGCCUAAGCAGGGAAGCCCAGACUUCCCUCUCCCCAGCCACUUCGUCUAGCUCUUCCCGGGGGAUCCCAAGGUGUUCCCAGGCCAGCCGGGAGACAUAGUCUUCCCAACGUGUCCUGGGUCUUCCCCGUGGCCUCCUACCAGCUGGGCGUGCCCUAAACACCUCCCUAGGGAGGCGUUCAGGUGGCAUCCUGACCAGAUGCCCGAACCACUUCAUCUGGCUCCUCUCGAUGUGGAGGAGCAGCGGCUUUACUUUGAGUUCCUCCCGGAUGACAGAGCUUCUCACCCUAUCUCGAAGGGAGAGACCCGCCACACGGCGGAGGAAACUCAUUUGGGCCGCUUGUACCCGUGAUCUUAUCCUUUGGGUCAUGACCCAAAGCUCAUGACCAUAGGUGAGGAUGGGAACGUAGAUCGACCGGUAAAUUGAGAGCUUUGCCUUCCGGCUCAGCUCCUUCUUCACCACAACGGAUCGAUACAACGUCCGCAUUACUGAAGACGCCGCACCGAUCCGCCUGUCGAUCUCACGAUCCACUCUUCCCCCACUCGUGAACAAGACUCCUAGGUACUUGAACUCCUCCACUUGGGGCAGGGUCUCCUCCCCAACCCGGAGAUAGCACUCCACCCUUUUCCGGGCGAGAACCAUGGACUCGGACUUGGAGGUGCUGAUUCUCAUUCCGGUCGCUUCACACUCGGCUGCGAACCGAUCCAGUGAGAGCUGAAGACAUACAACUUUUUUCGUUUAAUUUAACUUCAUAUCGACGGAUAGAUCUGAAGUUGAUCUAGAGAUUUAAGCGUUGAAAGUAAAAAAAAACAAAAUUUGCUUUUAAAACCAUUUGAGAAGAGUCAUAAGGGUUUUAAAAAAAAUCUCUACAUUGUAUUUGUUUUAAAAGAGAAAACAUAUCAAAAUGGCCCCCGGGUCCUUUAAUUUUCCCGUGUGCCGCCCUCAGGGGGUAAAGUUUUGGACAGUCCUGGUCUGAGCAGUUCCCUGGGAAUCUAUUUUGGGGUUUUUAAAAGAACUACUUAAAAUAUUUCUUUCUCCACAUGCUUGGUAGAAUUUUCACCGUGAACAUAAAGAUGCGAGCAUCGCUCUCAUUACAACAUAUUUUCAGCUCACCAUGUAGUACCAUUAUUUGGUCACAAGAUGGCAGCAGACGACUGCAACUUUGUUCAAUUGUGACCCAAUCAUCUCUGUGUCCACAUCUUUGUUAACAAUUUCAACAUUUUAAGAUGCGCUUGUUUGUCUCACAAAGUUUCGUGGAAAUGUAUUUUGCGUAAUCAUUGCUAACUUCCUUUUCGAAAACACGCCAACAAGCUCGCUUUUGGCAGACAUUUUUGUUGUUCCGUGUUUUUGUUUAGUUCCCCCUUGUUUGCUUUCCAAUCGAAUGUGAACGUUUUUGUUUUUUUCUCUUAGAAUGCCUUUGCAGCGACUGCCUGAACGCUAACAAUGCAGUUACACACUUUGGUCACCGGAUGGCGUCAAGUUCAACAAACAUUUCCACUUUCUACAAACCCCGUUUCCUUUUGAGUUGGGAAAUUGUGUUAGAUGUAAAUAUAAACAGAAUACAAUGAUUUGCAAAUCCUUUUCAAGCCAUAUUCAGUUGAAUAUGCUACAAAGACAACAUAUUUCAUGUUCAAACUCAUAAACUUUAUUUUUUUUUGCAAGUGAUAAUUAACUUAGAAUUUCAUGGCUGCAACACGUGCCAAAGUAGUUGGGAAAGGGCAUGUUCACCACUCUGUUACAUCAUCCAUCCAUCGAUCCAUCCAUUUACUACCGCUUAUUCCCUUUGGAGUCGCGGGGGGCGCUGGUGCCUAUAUCAGCUACAAUCGGGCAGAAGGCAGGGUACACCCUGGACAAGUUGUGUUACAUCACUUUUUCUUUUAACAACACUCAAUAAACGUUUAGGAACUGAGGAAACUAAUUGUUGAAGCUUUGAAAGUGGAAUUCUUUCCCAUUCUUGUUUUAUGUAGAGCUUCAGUCCUUCAACAGUCCGGGGUCUCCGCUGUCCUAUUUUACGCUUCAUAAUGCACCACACAUUUUCCAUGGGAGGCAGGUCUGGACUGCAGGUGGGCCAGGAAAGUACCCGCACUCUUUUUUUUACGAAGCCACGCUUUUGUAACACGUCUUGUCUUGCUGAAAUAAGCAGGGGCGUCCAUGAUAACGUUGCUUGAUUGACAACAUAUGUUGCUCCAAAAGCUGUAUGUACCUUUCAGCAUUAAUGGUGCCUUCACAGAUGUGUAAGUUACCCAUGAGCUGGGCACUAAUACACCCCCAUACCAUCACACAUGCUGGCUUUUACACUUUGCGUCUAAAACAAUCCGGAUGGUUAUUUUCCUCUUUGUCCUGGAGGACACCAUAUCCUCUGUUUCCAAAUAUAAUUUGAAAUAUAGUUCGUCAGACCACAGAACACUUUUCCACUUUGCAUCAGUCCGUCUUAGAUGAGCUUGGGCCCAGCCAAGCCGGUGGCGUUUGUGGAUGUUGUUGAUAAAUGGGUUUGGCUUUGCAUAGUAGAGUUUUAACUUGCACUUACAGAUGUAGCGACCAACUGUAGUUACUGACAGUGGUUUUAUGAAGUGUUCCUGAACCCAUGUGGUGAUAUCCCUUACACACUGAUGUUGGUUUUUGAUGCAGUACUGCCUGAGGGAUCAAAGGUUUGUAGUAUCAUCGCUUACGUGCAGUGAUUUCUCGCUAUUCUCUGAACAUUUUUGAUGAUUUUACGGACCGUAGAUGGUAAAAUCUCUAAAUUCCUUGCAAUAGCUCGUUGAGAAAUGUUCUAAAACUGUUUGAAAUUUUGCUUACAAAGUGGUGACCCUCACCCCAUCCUUGUUUGUGAAUUACUGAGCAUUUCAUGGAAGCUGUUUUUAUAGCCAAUCAUGGCACCCACCUGUUCCCAAUUAGCCUGCACACCUGUGGGAUGUUCCAAAUAAGUGUUUGAUGAGCAUUCCUCAACUUUAUCAGUAUUUAUUGCCACCUUUCCCAACUUCUUUGUCACGUGUUGCUGGCAUCAAAUUCUAAAGUUAAUGAUUAGUUGCAAACAAAAAAAUGUUUAUGAGUUUGAACAUGAAAUAUGUUGUCUUUGUAGCAUAUUCAACUGAAUAUGGCUUGAAAAGGAUUUGCAAAUCAUUGUAUUCUGUUUAUAUUUACAUCUAACAUAGAAACAGGGUUUGUACAUUUUAGGACAUUUUUUUCUGAGUGCGUCGAAAAAAAAAAGUUUUGUGAUUUAAAAAACAAAACAAGAACAUAAUAUUGCUAACUCCCUAUAACUAGCUAGCUUUUGCCAGUGGGAUACAUCGUCUUUGUGAAUUGUUUUUUUUUUUUUUAGGUCGAUUUUUGUUAGCUUCAUCUCGAAUGUGACCUCCUUUUUCGUUCUUUUUUUUUUCUUCAUUUUUACAGGAUGCUAACAAACUUCCUUUUUUUUCACAAAUUUUUUAUUCAUACUAAGGAUUAGCUAAUAAAACCUCACAAUGUUGUCACGUACUGUACUAAACUAAUGUGGAAGGAGGCAAGGGGUGUUCUGUUAGCAGGCUAACGUUUUAGCAAUAAAGAGCCUAGCGGUCUUCCAUGGUAGCGUUUGUGUGUGUGUGUGUGUGUGUGUGUGUGUGUGUGUGUGUGUGUGUGUGUGUGUGUGUGUGUGUGAGUGUGAGUGUGUGUGUGUGUGUGUGUGUGUGUGUGUGUGUGUGUGUGUGUGUCCUGGCAAUGCUGAUUUAAUGGGGACAUCCCUCUGUUUACAAAGUCACCUUUAGUGAAGUGAAGUGAAUUAUAUUUAUAUAGCGCUUUUCUCUAGUGACUCAAAGCGCUUUACAUAGUGAAACCCAAUAUCUAAGUUACAUUUAAAGCAGUGUGGGUGGCACUGGGAGCAGGUGGGUAAAGUGUCUUGCCCAAGGACACAACGGCAGUGACUAGGAUGGGGGAAGCGGGAAUCGAACCUGCAACCCUCAAGUUGCUGGCACAGCCACUCUACCAACCGAGCUAUGCCGCCCCUUUAGGGGACCUCUGACAGUAUGGGGACAAAAAAAGAGGUCCCCUAAAGGGAAACUUUUUCAAAUGAUAGUCAGAUCCAUUCUGAAGUUGCGCAAGUGAUUUUUAAACUUUGGCCCAUAAAACAUGUUUACUGGCUAGAAAAUAAAUGUUCUUAAAAAGUGAGACAUCUGUUAUUAAUAGUACUGGGUUUUUGUAUGGUGUCCAUCUUUAGUUAAAACUAAUUGAUUUUUCCAAAAACAAAAUCUGGCUUAGUGUUCUUUAGGAUGACAUUUUAAUCCAACAUCAUUAUUAUCUUAAAAAAUUAUUCACAUUCAGAAUGUCCCAUCCUUCUAUAUCUGGUAGUUGGCGUUGCAGACAACCUCAUUACUGCUAAAUAGCAGUUUUCAAUAAUUUCACAGAAGAUGCAGGAUUUGCUCUAACACUUAAGUGGAGAAACUUCCUAUAAGAGGACAGCUGUAGUGCUGGAGUCUGAGGAUCAUGUCAUAUUUCAUUUCAACUUUUUCAUCAAUAGUCCUCAGUAAUCACGAACAAAUUUGUGUGAAUUAUGCAAAAUGAUUUAAAUUUGGUCCCCUUAAACCAUAUUAACUCUUUUCCCCCAGGGUCCCCAGUAAGUAUGAUCAGCACAUUACUUCAUCAAUCCAGAGAUUUAAAGACGUGGAUGAGCUAACUGGGCUGUGGACAUUUUAUUUAAUUUAGUUUAUGCUUCCACAACCUGUAGAAAGGCUGGUCCCCACAAGUCACGAACAACCAAUGUGUUUGUGUGUGUGUGUGUGUGUGUGUGUGUGUGUGUGUGUGUGUUCUGGCAAUGCUGACUUAAUGGGGACAUCACUCUGUUUACAAAGUCACCUUUAGGGGACCUCUGACGGUAUGGGGACAAAAAAAGAGGUCCCCUAAAGGCAAACUUUUUCAAAUGAUAGUCAGAUCCAUUCUGAAGUUGCGUAAGUGAUAUUUAAACUUUGGCCCAUAAAACAUGUUUACUGGCUAGAAAAUAAAUGUUCUUAAAAAGUGAGACAUCUGUUAUUAAUAGUACUGGGAUUCUGUAUGGUGUCCAUCUUUAGUUAAAACUAAUAUAUUUUUCCAAAAACAAAAUCUGGUUUAGUGUUCUUUAGGAUGACAUUUUAAUCCAACAUCAUUAUUAUCUUAAAGUAUGAUUCACAUUCAGAAUGUCCCAUCCUUCUAUAUCUGGUAGUCGGAGUUGCAGACAACCUCAUUACUGCUAAAUAGCCGUUUUCAAUAAUUUCACAGAAGAUGCAGGAUUUGCUCUAACACUUAAUUGGAGAAACGUCCUAUAAGAGGACAGCUGUAGUGUUGGAUUCUGAGGAUCAUGUCAUAUUUCAUUUCAACUUUUUUUUAUCAAUAGUCCUCAGUAGUCACGAACAAAUUUGUGUGAAUUAUGCAAAACGAUUUAAAUGUGGUCCCCUUGAACCAGGGGUAGGGAACCUAUGGCUCGCGAGCCAGAUGUGGCUCUUUUGGUGACUGCAUCCGGCUCUCAGAUAAAUCUGGGCUGACAUUGCUUGAAUAAUUCCACUUCUAAUCACAGCGUUAAAAAUAAUGUUGAACAUAUAAAACAUUUUCGUGCAUUUUUAAUCCAUCCAUCCGUUUACUACCACACCUGUUCAAGAAGUUGCGUUAAUGGUAAGAAGUUAUUUAUUUAUUAUUGGUUAGUGUGGGGCUUGUCCUCCUGGGGGUUCUUCAGACCACCAAGCACCGGCAUGAGAGCCUGUCUCGGGGUUGCAAUAUUGUUUUAUUUUUCAAUAAGUCUCUCAGUUGCUUUCCAGCAAUUGUCUUUUUCUCUUUCGUUCUCGCUCGCACUCCAGGCAAGCCUGUCUCUCCUUCUGGCUGCUGUUCAUGACAUAGCGACAGGUGAUUGGAUAACAAGGCCCAGGUGGGCCGUAAACGCACCUGUCGCUGAUUUCGAGGGUGGUCCCGGCACACCCCGCUUCACUGCAGGCCCGCAGGCCACGCCCCCUCCACAGUUAGCUUCAGAAUAACAAUAUUCUUUAAGAAUAAGAGACCAAUAUACUCUAGAAAUGUUGGUCUUACUUAAAAAUGCACGCAUUUAGUUGUGUUCAGUGUUAAAAAAUAAUAUUAUAUGGCUCUCACGGAAAUACAUUUUAAACUAUUUGGCUUCUUGGCUCUCUCAGCCUGCCUUAAACCAUAUUAACUCUUUUCCCCCAGGGUCCCCAGUAAUUAUGAUCAGCACAUUACUUCAUCAAUCCAGAGAUUUAAAGACGUGGAUGAGCUAACUGGGCUGUGGACAUUUUAUUUAAUUUAGUUUAUGCUUCCACAACCUGUAGAAAGGCUGGUCCCCACAAGUCACGAACAACCAAUGUGUUUGUGUGUGUGUGUGUGUGUGUGUGUGUGUGUUCUGGCAAUGCUGACUUAAUGGGGACAUCACUCUGUUUACAAAGUCACCUUUAGGGGACCUCUGACGGUAUGGGGACAAAAAAAGAGGUCCCCUAAAGGCAAACUUUUUCAAAUGAUAGUCAGAUCCAUUCUGAAGUUGCGUAAGUGAUUUUUAAACUUUGGCCCAUAAAACAUGUUUACUGGCUAGAAAAUAAAUGUUCUUAAAAAGUGAGACAUCUGUUAUUAAUAGUACUGGGAUUCUGUAUGGUGUCCAUCUUUAGUUAAAACUAAUAUAUUUUUCCAAAAACAAAAUCUGGUUUAGUGUUCUUUAGGAUGACAUUUUAAUCCAACAUCAUUAUUAUCUUAAAGUAUGAUUCACAUUCAGAAUGUCCCAUCCUUCUAUAUCUGGUAGUCGGAGUUGCAGACAACCUCAUUACUGCUAAAUAGCCGUUUUCAAUAAUUUCACAGAAGAUGCAGGAUUUGCUCUAACACUUAAUUGGAGAAACGUCCUAUAAGAGGACACCUGUAGUGCUGGAGUCUGAGGAUCAUUUCAUAUUUCAUUUCAACUUUUUCAUCAACAGUCCUCAGUAGUCACGAACAAAUUUGUGUGAAUUAUGCAAAAUGAUUUAAAUUUGGUCCCCUUAAACCAGGGGUAGGGAACCUAUGGCUCUAGAGCCAGAUGUGGCUCUUUUGAUGACUGCAUCUGGCUCUCAGGUAAAUCUGGGCUGACAUUGCUUGAAUAAUUCCACUUCUAAUCACAGCGUUAAAAAUAAUGUUGAAAAUAUAAAACAUUUUCGUGCAUUUUUAAUCCAUCCAUCCGUUUACUACGGCACCUGUUCAAGAAGUUGCAUUAAUGGUAAGAAGUUAUUUAUUUAUUAUUGGUUAGUGUGGGGCUUACCCUCCUGGGGGUUCUUCAGACCACCAAGCACCGACAUGAGAGCCUGUUUCGGGGUUACAAUAUUGUUUUAUUUUUCAAUAAGUCUCUCAGUUGCUUUCCAGCAAUUGUCUUUUCCUCUUUCGUUCUCGCUUGCACUCCAGGCAAGCCUGUCUCUCCUUCUGGCUGCUGUUCAUGACAUAGCGACAGGUGAUUGGAUAACAAGGCCCAGGUGGGCCGUAAACGCACCUGUCGCUGAUUUCGAGGGUGGUCCCGGCACACCCCGCUUCACUGCAGGCCCGCAGGCCACGCCCCCUCCACAUUUAGCUUCAGAAUAACAAUAUUCUUUAAGAAUAAGAGACCAAUGUACUCUAGAAAUGUUGGUCUUACUUAAAAAUGCAAGCGUUUAGUUGUGUUCAGUGUUAAAAAAUGAUAUUAUAUGGCUCUCACGGAAAUACAUUUUAAACUAUUUGGCUUCUUGGCUCUCUCAGCCUGCCUUAAACCAUUUUAACUCUUUUCCCCCAGGGUCCCCAGUAAAUAUGAUCAGCACAUUACUUCAUCAAUCCAGAGAUUUAAAGACGUGGAUGAGCUAACUGGGCUGUGGACAUUUUACUUAAUUUAGUUUAUGCUUCCACAACCUGUAGAAAGGCUGGUCCCCACAAGUCACGAACAACCAGUGUGUGUGUGUGUGUGUGUGUGUGUGUGUGUGUGGGUGUGUUUGUGUGUGUGUGUGUGUGGGUGUGUUCUGGCAAUGCUGACUUAAUGGGGACAUCACUCUGUUUACAAAGUCACCUUUAGGGGACCUCUGACGGUAUGGGGACAAAAAAGGAGGUCCCCUAAAGGCAAACUUUUUCAAAUGAUAGUCAGAUCCAUUCUGAAGAUGCGUAAGUGACUUUUUAAACUUUGGCCCAUAAAACAUGUUUACUGGCUAGAAAAUAAAUGUUCUUAAAAAGUGAGACAUCUGUUAUUAAUAGUACUGGGAUUCUGUAUGGUGUCCAUCCUUAGUUAAAACUAAUUGAUUUUUCUAAAAACAAAAUCUGGCUUAGUGUUCUUUAUGAUGACAUUUUAAUCCAACAUCAUUAUUAUCUUAAAAAAUUAUUCACAUUCAGAAUGUCCCAUCCUUCUAUAUCUGGUAGUUGGAGUUGCAGACAACCUCAUUACUGCUAAUUAGCAGUUUUUAAUAAUUUCACAGAAGAUGCAGGAUUUGCUCUGACACUUAAUUGGAGAAACGUCCUAUAAGAGGACAGCUGUAGUGCUGGAUUCUGAGGAUCAUGUCCUAUUUCAUUUCAACUUUUUCAUCAAUAGUCCUCAGUAAUCACGAACAAAUUUGUGUGAAUUAUGCAAAAUGAUUUAAAUUUGGUCCCCUUAAACCAUAUUAACUCUUUUCCCCAGGGUCCCCAGUAAGUAUGAUCCGCACAUUACUUCAUCAAUCCAGAGAUUUAAAGACUUGUAUGAGCUAACUGGGCUGUGGACAUUUUAUUUAAUUUAGUUUAUGCUUCCACAACCUGUAGAAAGGCUGGUCCCCACAAGUCACGAACAACCAGUGUGUGUGUGUGUGUGUGUGUGUGUGUGUGUGUGUGUGUGUGUGUGUGUGUGUGUGUGUGUGUGUGUGGGUGUGUUUGUGUGUGUGUGUGUGUGCGUGUGUGUGUGUGUGUGUGUUCUGGCAAUGCUGACUUAAUGGGGACAUCACUCUGUUUACAAAGUCACCUUUAGGGGACCUCUGACGGUAUGGGGACAAAAAAGGAGGUCCCCUAAAGGGAAACUUUUUCAAAUGAUAGUCAGAUCCAUUCUGAAGUUGCGUAAGUGAUUUUUAAACUUUGGUUCAUAAAACAUGUUUACUGGCUAGAAAAUAAAUGUUCUUAAAAAGUGAGACAUCUGUUAUUAAUAGUACUGGGAUUCUGUAUGGUGUCAAUCUUUAGUUAAAACUAAUUGAUUUUCCAAAAACAAAAUCUGGCUUAGUGUUCUUUAGGAUGACAUUUUAAUCCAACAUCAUUAUUAUCUCAAAGUAUGAUUCACAUUCAGAAUGUCCCAUCCUUCUAUAUCUGGUAGUUGGAGUUGCAGACAACCUCAUUACUGCUAAAUAGCAGUUUUCAAUAAUUUCACAGAAGAUGCAGGAUUUGUUUUAACACUUAAGUGGAGAAACGUCCUAUAAGAGGACACCUGUAGUGCUGGAGUCUGAGGACCAGGUCAUAUUUCAUUUCAACUUUUUUCAUCAAUAGUCCUCAGUAAUCACGAACAAAUUUGUGUGAAUUAUGUAAAAUGAUUAAAUGUGGUCCCCUUGAACCAGGGGUAGGGAACCUAUGGCUCUAGAGCCAGAUGUGGCUCUUUUGAUGACUGCAUCUGGCUCUCAGGUAAAUCUGAGCUGACGUUGCUUGAAUAAUUCCACUUCUAAUCACAGCGUUAUAAAUAAUGUUGAAAAUAUAAAACAUUUUCGUGCACUUUUAAUCCAUCCAUCCGUUUACUAGGGCACCUGUUCAAGAAGUUGCGUUAAUGGUAAGAAGUUAUUUAUUUAUUAUUGGUUAGUGUGGGGCUUGUCCUCCUGGGGGUUCUUCAGACCACCAAGCACCGACAUGAGAGCCUGUUUCGGGGUUACAAUAUUGUUUUAUUUUUCAAUAAGUCUCUCAGUUGCUUUCCAGCAAUUGUCUUUUCCUCUUUCGUUCUCGCUCGCACUCCAGGCAAGCCUGUCCCUCCUUCUGGCUGCUGUUCAUGACAUAGCGACAGGUGAUUGGAUAACAAGGCCCAGGUGGGCCGUAAACGCACCUGUCACUGAUUUCGAGGGUGGUCCCGGCACACCCCGCUUCACUGCAGGCCCGCAGGCCACGCCCCCUCCACAGUUAGCUUCAGAAUAACAAUAUUCUUUAAGAAUAAGAGACCAAUAUACUCUAGAAAUGUUGGUCUUACUUAAAAAUGCAAGCGCUUAGUUGUGUUCAGUGUUAAAAACAAAUAUUAUAUGGCUCUCACGGAAAUACAUUUUAAACUAUUUGGCUUCUUGGCUCUCUCAGCCUGCCUUAAACCAUAUUAACUCUUUUCCCCCAGGGUCCCCAGUAAUUAUGAUCCGCACAUUUCUUCAUCAAUCCAGAGAUUUAAAGACGUGGAAGAGCUAACUGGGCAGUGGACAUUUUACUUAAUUUUGUUUAUGCUUCCACAACCUGUAGAAAGGCUGGUCCCCACAAGUCCUGAACAAAAACUUGGUGUGUGUGUGUGUGUGUGUGUGUGUGUGUGUGUGUGUGUGUGUGUGUGUGUGUGUGUGUGUGUGUGUGUGUGUGUGUGUGCGUGUGUGUGUGCGUGCGUGCGUGCGAUUAAUGCGAGUGUGCGGCAUUAAAACUGUGUUUAUCCAUCACGGUCAUUACACUGAGGACUGUCUAAGACAAAUAAAACCACUGUAAUCCUUUUUUUUUUUUUUAUUGUUUAACUCUUCUUCCUGCUUUAUUUUGAAAGAGCGCUCCUAAUCAUCCUGUUCGGGGAUUUGUUUUGUUUUGUAAUAGAGACACAGAGAAAUAAAUGAAAACCAGAA